AUGAAUCUCUGUUUGCUGGAAGUCAUUGGGUUUUCCAGCAGGAUUCCGCUACAGCUCAAGUCAGAAGUGGCAUCAAAAGAACAUUCCGGAGUCCAUCUCUGCCUCGGAUUUGCCUCCACAACAACAAAAACGAACAGCACGACACUGCACAACAACCAACACCACCAAACACAACACAGACUAGACAACUACUAUCCAGAUGAUCCUCGUCCGACCUCUGGCUCCCCCACCCUAGCUCCCCCUCGACGUACCGUCGUGAAGAUGGCCAAUCACAUUAGCGAACCCGCAGCAGCGGAUCGAGGAAGGAAUCCGGCAAACGAGCGAGGGAGGGGAUACAACUGGAGGACGACUUCUCUUGUCCUGGCUAUAACUUGA